AUGAAAAGUCUAGCCAAAAUGUCUACCAGGGUUCUCUUUGUGGCAGAAAAAAAUGAUGUUGCAAAGUCUAUAGCUAAUAUUUUAUCACGUGGAAAUGCAUCUAGAAAAGAAGGACGAUCAAAAUUUAAUAAAAUUUAUGAAUUUGAAGGAGAUGUUUUGGGAAUGAGAAGUAGUAUAGCAUCUACUUCUGUAUCAGGACACAUGAAGACCAUUGAUUUUGGUCCAGAAUAUCAAAAUUGGGAAAGUAUUAGUACUAUUGAGCUGUUUAAUGCUCCCAUUAAAAGUUUUGUCAUAGAAACAAUGAAAAACAUUGAACAAACUCUGGGUGACUGGGCAGUUAGAUGCAAUACCUUAAUAGUAUGGACAGAUUGUGAUCGUGAGGGAGAAAAAAUUGGAAGUGAAAUUGCGGAAACAUGUUUAAGGUAUAAUAGAAAAAUGGAUAUUUAUCGGGCGCGUUUUUCUGAAGUUACACCUUUUGCUAUUAGAAAUGCACUGAAUAACUUGACAAGGCUAGAUCAGAAUGUGAUUAGUGCUGUUGAAUGCCGUUCAGAAUUAGAUCUUAGAAUUGGCGCUGCAUUUACUAGGUUACAAACAAUCUAUUUGAACAAAAGAUUUGGUGAAAUGUUAAUGAAAUGGACUGGUGAUUCCAGAAGUAUCAUUUCAUAUGGAUCAUGUCAAUUUCCAACACUAGGAUUUGUUGUUGACAGAUAUUUGAUGGUAAAAAACUUUAUACCUGAAAAUUUCUGGAAAUUGCGUGCUUUUCAUUUAAAAAAUGGUGUUAAGACAGAAUUUAACUGGGAAAGGGGAAGACUUUUUUACAAACCAGUUGUUGAAUCAUAUUUAGUAAUGUGCCAAGAUACGAUAUCUAAUGCUAAAAUUGUUUCUGUUGACAAGAAUCCUAAGUCUAAGUUUAGACCUAUUGCAAUGGACACAAUUUGUUUGGAAAAAUUAUCAGUUCGCUUUUUAAAAAUGAGUGCCAAACAGGCUAUGGAUUUAGCAGAAAAACUUUAUUCAAAAGGAUUCAUUUCUUAUCCAAGAACUGAAACAAAUAUAUUUCCAAAAAAUCUUGAUUUAAAUGCUUUAAUAAAUAAACAAAAAGAUGGUACUUUAUGGGGUCAAUUUGCUCAAGAAAUUUUAAAUAAUGGUGGUCCAAAUCCAAGGAAUGGUAAAAAGACUGACGAAGCACAUCCUCCCAUACAUCCAUUAGCACUAGUCACAAAGGAACAACUUCAAAAUAAUGAUAUGUUUAGGCUUUAUGAAUUAAUUGUUAGACAUUUUCUUGCUUGUUGUUCAAGAGAUGCAAAAGGUAAAGAGACAACUGUUUUAAUGAGUAUUGGUGAAGAAAUGUUUAAAGCAUCUGGACUUCAGAUAGAGGACAGAGGAUUUUUAGAAAUAUAUCCAUACGAUAAAUGGUCAGAUAAAAUAUUACCAGAAUAUAUUGUAAAUGAAAAAGUUUCUGAGAAUUUAGAGGUUGACAUUCAUGAAGGAAUGACUACAGCUCCACCAUUAUUAAAUGAAGCGGAUCUAAUUAGUUUAAUGGAUAAGUAUGGUAUUGGAACUGAUGCAACUCAUGCAGAACACAUUGAAACUAUACAAAAAAGAAAGUAUUGUUCAUUAAAUAAUGAUAGAAGAUUUGUUCCCAGUUCUCUUGGUCUUGCUUUAGUAGAGUCUUAUAAUAAUUUAGGUUAUCAAUUAAGUAAACCAGAUUUAAGAUCUGAUUUAGAGAAAGGUUUAGAAGCAAUAUGUAAAGGCGAAAAAACAAAAAAUGAUGUUCUUUUAAAUCAAAUUUAUAAUUAUAAAAAUAUUUUUCAAACUGUGGAAAAUCAGAUAAAUACUUUUGGAGAUUUCUUUGAAGAUCAAGUAAAAAAUAACAAUAUUCCAUUAAAUUCUAUUGAAAAUAAUAGUUCAGCAUACAACAGAAAUAGAAAUGUGUCAGCUGAUUCUACUGCUGGUAGAAGAGCAAGAGGAGGUAAAAGUCGUGGUAAUAGUAAUUCAACAAGACCACCUGCACCUACAUCUAAAAGUGUAGAUAGUUCUUCUACAACAACUUCUGGAACAAGUAAUAAUCAAAACUUAUGUGAAGAUGUUAAAUGUUUAUGUAACAAACCUUCAAUAAUUUUAACUUGUAAACAUACAAUUGCUUCAUAUAUUUUUCUUGCACUUGAAGGUAUUGCUGGAAAUAAUAGUACUACAUUAUUAGAAGUUACUGAUAAUGAUGACAAUGUUAAUGAAAAAGACAGGUCUAUAUUUCUAAUGGAUGAUAAGAAUUCUUUUGCUGACAUUAUUAAAGAUAUAGGUAAACAUAUAUGCAAAUCCGAAGAUCAUGCUGAAAAUCACGAUUAUUAA